AUGACAAUGCAUGUUCGAAGUGCUGAUACAACAACACAAUUGGUAAUUGCAAAAGCCAAUUCAGCGAGACCGCCACAAAUUAUUCAAACAUGUAAUUUCAAUUCUUUCAAAAAAUUCGCGAUCGAGUUUCAUCCAUACGUUGAGUCAUAUUCAGUAAUAAAUGCUGUCACAAAGUUGGAGAAUCUGGAUAUUCUGUUGCUUCAGUAG